AUGAAUUCUAUAAUACAAGAUGAAAUAAUAUAUUUACAAGAUUUAAUAGACUCAGUGCCAUUCAAUUCAAAUUCUACUAGUCAUUUCCUUAAAGUGUAUAAGUUAAAUCAUAGUCAAUUAAUUAAAUUAAAUGAUUAUACAAGUAAAUUCCCCAUUGAUAGUGAUAAAUUAUUAAAAUUGGGUAUUUCAUUAGGAAAUCUAAUUAAAACAAUGAAUAACGAAUCAGAACAACAUAAAUUACAAAAUCAACAACAAAAACAGUUUCUUAAAAAUAAUAAUAAAAUAGUAGAUCUACCUAUUUUACAAACAUAUCAAAUCAGAUUCGUAAAGAAUUUAUUCCAAAUAUUGAAAAAUUUCGACAUUGGAAGUGAAAUAACUGAGAAUAAUAGAGACUCUGUUGUUUCUGGAGGUACUCCACAUCGUAUAAUUAGUAAUAACUCAAAUGUAUCUCCAAUAAAACUAAACUCAAAACAAUUAUUGAUUGAAAAGCUAGAGAUUAAUAUUAAUUUAGAUAAUUUAUUUAUUUACAAAAUUAUAUUUAAGUUGUUUAUUGAAAUUUAUAAGAUUUUGCAGUGUAAUUUAAUUAAUGAUGAUUAUUUGAGUAAUAAAGAUAUUGAUGAACUGAGUUCAAUCUUCUCAUCUAAUAGUUUAAAUUCUGGUAAUUCAAGUUUAACUAAUGAUGAAUAUUUAAAAAUCAUAAAUCGAAUAUUGGAUAGAUUGAGUAUUGGUAUUAUUCAACCUUUUAUAAUUUUAAUCUAUAAAGAAUUGGUUGAAGGUGAGAUAAGUAAUGAGUUUAAUAAGUUGAUUAAUAAUCUACAAUGA